AUGAAGAUAUGUGUUGGAUCAUUAUACUUUUUAUCACUUUCAUUUUUUUUCAUUUCCCAAUUUCAUUUUAUUUUUUCUGACACUUUCUAUCGUUUCCAUCAGGCUUCAUUUGAAGAUCUACAUGUUCUAGGUAUUUAUAUAUAUUCCCUUCAUUGCUUUUUCCGUUUUUCAUUUUCUUCUCUCAAUUUCAUAUUCUUCUUCUUGCCUCAUUCGCUCCUUUCCUUCACUCGAUUUUCCUUUAUUGUUUUUGACUCUUUCUUUUCCUUCUUUGAAUUUCCUUUUAUUCUUUCUACCUCUUUCUUUCCUUUCCUUCUUUCAAUUCUCGUUUAUUCUUUUUGUCCUCUUCUUUCUUUUACUUAUCUUAAAUUUUCUUUAUGUUUUUCGCCUCAUUCAUACUUUUCCUUCUCCCAAUUUUCCUUUAUUCUUUUUGCCUCUUUCUUUCUUUUUCUUCUCUCAAAUUCCCUUUAUUCUUUCCGCUUAUUUCGUUCUUUUCCUUCUCACGAUUUUUUAAUUCUUUCUGACUCUUUCUUUCUUUGUUUCUUUCUUUCUUUUCCUUCUAUGAAUUUCUCUUUAUUUUUUGCCUCUUUCUUUCUUUUCCUUUCUCUUUAUUUUUCUUCUAACGGUUUCUUUCUCUCAAAUUCCCUUUAUUCUUUUCUCCUCUUUCUUUCUUUUCUUUCUCUCAAAUUCCCUUUAUUCUUCUUGCCUCUUUCUUUCUUUUCCCUUUCCCAAUUGUCCUUUAUUCUUCUUUCCUCUUUCUUUCUUUUCCUCCUCUCCAUUUCUACCGUCCUCGUCAAUCAAUCACACAAUAUCUUCUUUACAUUACAUUUGACUCAUUCUUUAGUCUCUCUUUACUGA